CUGUCUUGGCUGGUGUUGUGAGAAAACAACAGCAGAGAAAGAAAACUGAAGCAAAGGCGAUGAAGGAAUCCAAGGCUUCUGAAAAGCCCGGCAGUCAGGAAAUCCCAAGUCAAGAAGAAAGCGGCAAGCGAAAUAAAAGAAACAAGUUUCGCCGCUUUGCAAAACCCUUCGCUAGUCAGUUAAUCCUUAGACCCCGUUGGAGAAUACCCAACGGUGGGAAAAGCUCGGAGCUUGGAAAGAGCUUCAGUCCGACCAAAAAUCUUACUUCCCAUCAGAAAGGCCCCAAAGGGGAAAGGCCGUACCAAUGCUCAGUUUGUGAGAAGCGGUUUGUUCAGAGUGCUCAUCUUGCCACCCAUCAGAGAGUGCACACAGGAGAGAAACCAUAUAAAUGCAAAGAAUGUGGAAAGAGGUUCACAGAGAGCAAAAGCCUCGUUGCCCAUCAAAGAAUCCACACCGGGGAAAAGCCCUAUGAAUGCUCUGUCUGUGGGAAAAGCUUCAGAGUCAGCAUCACUCUUACAUACCACCAAAGAAUCCACACAGGAGAGAAACCGUACAAAUGCACAAUAUGUGGAAAGAUUUUCAGAGUCAGCUCAAGUCUCCGUUCACAUCAGAGGAUCCACACAGGGGAGAAGCCGUAUAAAUGUUCCAUAUGUGGUAAGAGCUUCAUUCAGAGCGCACACCUCGUUUCUCAUCAGAGAAUCCACACAGGGGAGAAGCCAUUUCGAUGUUCCGAAUGUGGAAAGACCUUCAACCAGAGUGCAAACCUUAUUAGACAUCAAAAAACCCAUACUCGAAAGAAAUCACACACGUGCUCACAGUGUGGAAAGAGCUUUGGAAGAAAGGACAAAUUUAUACAACAUCAAAGGGUCCACACAGGGGAGAAACCAUAUAAAUGCUCAGAUUGUGGAAAGGCUUUCAAGAACAGAUCGAACCUUACUUCCCAUCAAACAAUCCAUACAGGAGUGAAACCAUAUCAGUGUUCAGAGUGUGGAAAGAGCUUCAGGCAGCGUGGGGGCCUUACUUCCCAUCAAAGAAUCCACACAGGAGAGAAACCAUAUCAGUGCUCAGAGUGUGGAAAGAGCUUCAGGCAGAGUGCCAACCUUAUUUUCCAUCAAAGAAUCCACUCAGAGGUGAAACCAUACCAGUGCCCAGAGUGUGGAAAGAGCUUUACACAGAGUGCUAGCCUUUUUUCCCAUCAAAAUAUCCACACAGGGGAGAAACCAUAUAAAUGCUUAGAAUGCGAAAGGAGCUUCAGGAACCGUUCGAGCCUUGCUUCCCAUCAAAGAAUACACAGAGGGGAGAAGCUAUAUACAUGCUCAGAUUGUGGGAAAAGCUUCAAUCACAGCACAAGACUUUCUUCCCAUCAAAGGAUCCAUACAGGGGAGAAACCAUAUAAAUGCCCUGAGUGCGGAAAGAGCUUCGGUCACAGCAUAACCCUUUCAACCCAUCAAAGAAUCCACACGGGAGAGAAACCAUAUACAUGCUCAGUGUGUGGAAAGUGUUUCGCUCAGAGUGCCAGCCUGACAAGACAUCGAAGAAUCCACACAGGGGAGAAACCAUAUCAGUGUUCAGAUUGUGGAAGAUGCUUUCGUUACAGAGCAAACCUUACUUUCCAUCAAAGAAUCCAUACCAGGGAGAAACCAUAUAAAUGCCCUGAGUGUGGAAAAAACUUCAAGCACAGCAUAGCCCUUGCUUCCCAUCAAAGAAUCCACACAGGGGAGAAACCACAUCAGUGCUCAGAGUGUGGAAAGCGCUUCAGUUACAAAACAAGCCUUACUUCCCAUCAAAGAAUCCAUACUGGGGAAUCCCUAUAUGCAUGCUCAAUCUGUCGAAAGCGUUUCAAAAGGAGCGCACACCUUUCUUCCCAUCAAAGAAUCCACACAGGGGAGAAACCGUAUCAGUGCUCAGAGUGUGGGAAAUACUUCCGUUACAGAGCAAGCCUCACUUGCCAUCAAAGAAUCCACACAGGGGAAAAACCAUAUAAAUGUUCAGUGUGUGGAAAGAACUUCAGGCAGAGUGCAAACCUUACUUUCCAUCAAAGAAUCCACAUGGGAGAAACCCUAUAAAUCUUCACCGUGUGAAGCAAGCUCAGUCAGAUCAUGGACCUUA